UGGACCCCGAAACUAGUCCGGCCUUUUUAAUGGUGCACGAAAUCAACGGACAUCAUUGACGCGUCACCUUCGCUGCAGCGAUAUGUCGAUGUUGAAACUCCUAGGACUGCUUCUACCGAUAGCGGUUACAACAGCCGCACCCCUCUCCAGCGUUCAUGUGAAAUUUGUCUCGCCUCCUCAUACGUAUGAACACGGUCUUACUACGGAUGGAGGAAAUACGAUUGCCCAGAAGUCCUUCCUCUCGAUCGGUAGAAGGGACCCUGCCAAAUAUUCCGGGGAAUUCGGAAAACGAAUACAGGAACGACAGGGUGUCUUCGGACAUCAACGGGUGGUGACGCCAGAAAAUGCUGAAUCCUUGUGGCCAACGGGUCUUUUUCUCCCUCCUAUAGAUAUCAACGAUCUUGGCUACAGUUCUCAGGACACCGGAAAACAUAUGACUCCUGACUUCUCAAACGGCCUAGAGCACCCUGACCCUUUACUCUUGACAGGAGAGCAAGCUAUGUUAGCGGUGAAAUAUAUUUAUGGACGUGGUGAACUCUUUUAUAACGAUUUUCCUCAUGUCAGGGCAUUGCUCAGAAACCAGGACGAAAGGUUGGCAAACGGUCUACACGGGCACAUUCUGAGCAGUUUAAGACCGCAAUCCCCGUUUUAUCGAAAAAUCAAACCAGAAGAAUAAUUUUUGUACCAUAUAUUAUAAGCAAAAAUAUCAUAAUCACUCUCUGCCAACACUCGUAAUCGUUAUCACGUAUGUAAAAUAGUUGAAACGUACUACACAGGACGACACAGUGAAAAACGU